AGGGGAUUUGGUCAUUUCAUCCGAAAUUAAAAUCUUUAAUUUCUGAUUGAUUUUCUUAGCUAGAUCCAGCCUGUAUAAAUUUCAGUGCAAACCCACGUUCGUUCUUGCUUCUUUGACUUGGUGGUUGAAACUUGAAAAAGUCUCCUUAAAAAGAAGUAAUGACCUUUGUUCAAUUAAAUUAAAUUGCACUCCUAUUUUUUCUUCCACUGUAGAAAUAUAUUCCUUUUUUUCAGUUUCUGAGUUCACUUAUGAGAUCGAACAAAACCCAUUUCGAUUUUGGGUACCUGUUCUGUUUCAUGGCGACCCAAGUUAUCAUCUUUCAGUUAGUUUUGCAUUGACUGUGUUAAACCCAGUGGUAGAUUGCAAAAUAGAGUGUAUUGGUAAACUUGGUCCAGUUGGGUUUCGUUGGUGGUCUGUAUUUGUGGUUGUGGGCUCUGGGAUUUUUUUUGCCAAAAAAAGGCAACAAUGGCGGCAUCUAGAAGAUAAGACUUGAUGUAAGUCAGCUAUGGACAGGAUGACAUCCUCUGUGUUUGCUUGAAGACAGCUCUUAUACAGGCUUCUUUGUAGGUUUUAUCUACUGGGUUGACUUGUUUAGGAGAAAGGAACAAUUUGGCUUUUGGAGAAAGAGGUGAUUCGGUGGAAACAAAUUGAAAAAUUGGUUCAGAGCUAAUUUGGAAGUGAAAGCAUUGGGCUGGAGAUAUAUUUACAGCCAACUGAUGUUUCGAGAUGGAAUGUUAUUGGCUUUGAAGAAGUUUUCGGUGUUCCUUUUGAGGUUACAUUGUCUGGUUUAGGAAUCAGACAUACAUAGAAAAGAAAAGUAAGAGAGAAUUUCGAAUUUGGGUAAUGCCCCAUACGAGGCUUGUUUUCGUAGUAUUAGACACUACUACACUGUGUCUUAUUCUCUUACUGAUCCUUUUUGGGUUCCUCUGUCUUCUGUAUGUGAUUUACUUCCAUUCUAAGACUCUAAGUGAGGGGUAUAUCCAGUUACGCAGCUUUAAUGCACAUUGGGUUAUCCGAGUCAUCCUUAUACUCUUUGCUAUUUUUUGGGGACUGUUCGAGACCUCACGUAUUAGUUUAUUGAAAACCACGGGUUGGGUUCUUCCAUUUCUAAGUUUAAGAUGGCAAGAGAAAUUGUGUGAGCUUUACAUUGUCGGGAAUCUGGGUCUCACAGAGCCAAUCUUAUUGCUCAUAUUGGCUGGCCUGGUUCAAGGUUCACUUUGGCAAAGUCGGCCUCAUCGACGGAACAGGAGGUUGAUUGGUCACACUCUUCUAUUUUGCUUUCCAGUUCUUAUUUUACAGCUCUAUUGUGUUAUAAUUUUCCCCAGUCUUUGCAAGAAUUUGGGAGAUGAUAGUGGAAAUAUUGGAGCAAAAGCUUGUAAAUACUUUACAAAGCCAUAUCUGAAGGAAGGGAACAUCGUGAGUUGUAUCUAUCCUCUGUCUGCCACAGUUGUACUUGGGGUGUUUGAUUUCUUGUUCAUCUGCUAUUUUGUGCAUAUAGGAGUGAGAGUGAUUUCACUGGCCAUCAAUAAGGGCCUCCAAAAGAGAGUUCGUUUCUUGGUAUUCUCAGUUGUGGGGUUGCUUCCUUUGAGAGUUGCUCUUCUUGUGCUUUCAGGUUAUUCUUUGCUAGGGCUUGGUUUAUUUGAAGUUCUUGUGAUGUUUGCAUUCAUAGCAAUGCUUUUCUUAUUGGUGGCUGGCAUUUGUGUUCUCGUUUAUCUGCCUGUUUCUGAUUCACUGGCAGUAAGGGGGCUAUGUACAGUGAGCAGUAUUUGGUAUUUGGAAAGAAUUAUGGCACCAAUGGACUCUCUUAAUAGGAAUCUCUCGAGUAUUGGUAGUGCUGAUGAUUCCUUCAUUGUUGGGCAGCAGAGUCUUCUCGAUGCAACUGAAAGUGGAACUAGUGAGAGAAAAGCUGCCGACUUUCACAAAGCAAACUUAUUGGUUCCCAUUCAAAAUGAUCAUACCAGUUAAAAACACGAGCCAUGUCAAUCCAUUCUAGUUUGUGGUGUCAGUUGGAGCAUGCAAGUGGAGAUUUAUUAUAGUUCCUUACGGUUUUAAUGAUAUCUAAUUUCCUCAAUAGGGAAGUUAAAGUGAGCAACCUUUUCUCUGCCAAACUUGCUCCUCCUCCAAUUUCUCCUGCUAAACUUGGAGUAUGCCAUGGGCCAUUGUGCUGUGCAGCAUGAUGUUGUGGCUUCAUGUGUGAAUGACUUAUCCUUGUUUUGUAUUUGAGGCAAAUUCAUAGAUGCAAAGAAUAAGCCAAUGAGUUACUCGAGCUUUGACGAUGUUGAUUUGUUUUGUAUGUAAUCAGCCCUUAAUCAUGUGAAGAGAGGUUUAAGUGAUAAGUUUUGUUGUGUUGCACAAAGAUGAUUGUCUUCUGUGCAGGUGUAUUAGAGUUGAUAGGUUUUUGUGUGUUCAUAGCUGAUAAGUUCUAUUAUGCUUCACGAAGAUGAUUGUCUUUGUACAGCCCCAUCCCCGCUUAAUUGAUAAGUUUAUAGUGUUUUGUGAUGGUUCUCA